AUGAAGCAUAACCGACGGAAGAUGACGCAUACACAGUUGAUGACCGUGAGACUGAAAAUUGUCUAUGCUGUCAGUGAGGUCCUUGACCAACAACCGAUGACGAUGACAUUGACUUUGACAGAUUUCAAGGUGUUGGACGAGCUGACCGAAGACUUAAAACUGGUGACGGCUUUUAAGAGGUCAUUCAAUUUGCCGCCCACCCACAUCUCUGUAUCCGAAUGA